CUGAAAGGGGUUAACCCUUCAUAUUCCCCCAAGCACUAGCCGGGACUUAGUGUACAAACAGAACGGAGUUUAUUGAGGACGCCUCAGAUAUUUAUACAAAACACACGGCGGGAUUAGGGAUAAAAUCUCAUCAACCACCAGACAGCGCGGCUCCGUCAUACAGUUCUAUGGCCAGCAAUGCCCACCCGACAAAGAGUCGCUAUUUUGGGGUGAUCCAGACGGAGCGGCAUCGAUCCCGGGGUAGCAAUGGAGAGCUCAGGGUCCGUGGAUGAUAUGAUCCAAAAAGUGACGCGGUGCAACGGCAGGACCCUGAGCGACAGCGCUGGAAACUUCCCCUGGAACGGUCCGCAUGGAAUCCCUCAGUUCCAUAACCGCGGCUGGUAAACCUCGGUCCUGGUGAUAAAACCAGGGUUCCCAGACGAGCUCCCUCUCCGUAACCCCCACCGAGUGUCGCCCACCACAGGCUUAAUGUUACCCCAAAAGAGCGUCGUGGUGGGAGAACAGGUGUCUGUAGCAGUGAAAUUGCAAUGGUCGGCAGGUAUGGCCGCGGUUUCUGGCCGGUGUAAAUUUCCAUGAAUUCACGGUUAGGUCCCUCUCAGGCGCCAAGCAGGGGGGGGGGGCGUUGAAUCCGACCAGCACAGGGAGCCCGCAGGGUCGGUAAGUCCUUAUUCCUUGGGAGAGUCGGUGAAUAUACUCGUUUGGCUGAGGGGGUAACACACAGGGAUAGACGUACAAUACAUGAGAUCAGGAAUGGGGCCAAAAUAAUGUAUGGGUCAAACGGAUGGACUGUCACACCAAGUAACCGUUAUUUAACCCUUUCUGUGAUCUCAGUUGCCCCGGAGGUGAAGGUUUCAGCCCAGACUUCAGAGGGGGCCACAAAGCUUCACUGCCAGGUGUACGGGUUUUACCCCCGCGAGGUGGACGUGAAUUGGAAGAGGAACGAGAUAGAUAUUCCCUCGGAUGAGGCCAAACAGGUUCUCCCCAAUACCGACGGCACUUACCAGAUCAGGGUCACCGUGGAAGUGACCCCAAAAGAGGGGGACAGUUACUCCUGCCACGUGGACCACGGCAGCCUGGCAGAGCCACGCAUUGUGAUGUGGGAUCCGAGGAAGGACGGAAGCGGCAGCACCGUGUACAUCGUCAUUGGAGUCGUUGCAGGGAUCGCUGUCGCUGCUGCUGUUGGGUUUAUAUUAUGGAGGAGAGGCAGACGUCCCGUUUACGCCCCGACUGGCAUGUCAGAAGGGUCUCCAGCCGCAUCCACGACGUAAAUCUCCGCAAACAGAAGGGAUCCGUGCCGGGAAUUCCGUGUAGGAGACGGGAGAAAAUCCCCCGCCUGGUGCCGGUCCCUGCAUCCACUUCUUAUAACUCACAGAAAUCAAAAGCUUUUAUAGGAAUUGCUUAAAGUCGUAUAAUCUGCUUUAUACUUGCAAAUAUACUCCUAUAAAUACCUGGGAACUCUCCGGGUCAACACCUGAAUCCUCCGGGUCGCGGGGUCUUGACAUGGCCCACCCGUUUCCCCUUUAAAUAAGGAUAUUUCCCAUGAUGUCGGCGGGUAGUCCUGGCCGCGUCCCCCAAGAGUAGGCUCUGGGUAGUCGGAGCCCAGAAGUUCCCAGGUUUGUUCAUAUACAAUAAGUUUUAGUGGGUGAUUCACUGCUUUGCUACAAUAAGAUACUCGGUAAUAUUUUUGCCUCAUUAUCUAUAAAUAAGGGUAGAAUAUGGGGGUCUCGGGCUGUAAUAAUCUCUGUUUGAUGAGAGAUAUGUAAAUGAGGACAAACUCAGAACCUCAGACAGAAAGCACUGAGACGCGUAAAACAUGGAGGAUUCCGGGGUUCUGGCGACUGCAGACCAGUAAGCCUUACAUCAGCAGAGGAGAAAUGAAUGGAAACCGGGAUUGUUCAAAAUCUGAAUGUAAAUGGAUUGAAAGCUCAGAAACCGGUUGGACCCUCAUAGAAAACUCAUAAAUAAACUGCAGGGUUUGGUGUUAAAAUCGCUUUCUGACAAGAGACAGCUUGUAGUUGAUGGCGAUUGUUCAGAGGAGGCCCUUCUUACUAGCGGGGGACCUCAGGGACCUAUUUUUUUUUUUAAUAAAAAACAUUACAGGUGGUCUCGAAGAUAAGGCGCGUCUUUUCAACAAUACAGAGGUCUGUAAGCCAUUGGCUGAUGGUAAACGGGAUCUGUGAUCAACAGACGAGAUGGGGUUUGGAAAUAAUUAUUUUAAGAGUUUAAGGAUUGGGGGGGUGACAAAUUGAUUAUUUUUGUGAUGUUUAGAUCUGUUUAUAACGCAAUAAAAUGAUUACAAUAAAAUAUAUAUAAAAGUU